ACCAUGUUAAGAACAGAGAUCGCAGCAAUCUCUUCUCCGGCGAACCUACGGCCGUCAGUUUCCGACACAACUCUGCAAUUGUCCCGGAGCGAGCUUGAUUUCGUCGUGAAGGGGAGCUCCGAGCUGAUCGACCGGGCACAGCUAAAGGUUCAGUAAUCGCAAAGUCCGAUUUUUAUCGCCGUCGGGCGGCUCGGCGUGAGACGGAUCCCUCAGCUGGUUCGAUAACCCUAAAGUUCGGAUCUUUUGGAGUUUUCCGCUCGAUCAGGAAGCGCAUCGAUGGGGACGCGGUUUUUCCCUGCGGUGGCGAUGGCGGCGCUCUUGGUGCUGGCGCUGGGGGCGUCGGAGGCAGCGGAGAAGAAGGGGCGGAAACACGCCUACGCAUCGAUGAUGUACAUGGGUACACCGCGGGACUACGAGUUCUACGUGGCGACCCGCGUGCUGAUGCGCUCGCUGGCGCGUCUCGCCGUCGACGCCGACCGCGUCGUCAUCGCCUCCGCCGACGUUCCUCCCCGCUGGGUCCAAACAAUGGAGGAGGAGGACGGGCUGAAGGUGGUGACGGUGGAGAACAUCAAGAACCCCUACGUGACGCAGAGCAACUUCAACACUCGCUUCAAGCUCACCCUCAACAAGCUUUACGCGUGGAGCUUGGUCUCUUACGACCGCGUCGUCAUGCUCGACGCCGACAACAUCUUCCUCCGCAACGCCGACGAGCUCUUCCAGUGCGGCAGCUUCUGCGCCGUCUUCAUCAACCCCUGCAUCUUCCACACCGGCCUCUUCGUCCUCGAGCCUUCGACUGCGGUGUUCAAGGACAUGCUCCACGAGCUGGAAAUCGGACGAGCGAAUAAGGACGGCGCCGACCAGGGCUUCCUGGUGAGCUACUUCCCGGAGCUGCUAGACCGGCCGAUGUUCCACCCGCCGGCAAACGGCACCAAGCUUGCCGGAACUUAUAGGCUUCCGCUCGGUUACCAAAUGGACGCUUCUUAUUACUAUUUGAAGCUUCGAUGGAGCGUGCCGUGCGGCCCCAACAGCGUGAUCACCUUCCCGAGCAUGCCGUCGCUGAAGCCGUGGUACUGGUGGUCGUGGCCGGUUCUCCCUCUGGGCCUGCAGUGGCACGAGCUCCGACGGAGCACCCUCGGGUACGCCUCGGAGACGCCGGUGAUGCUGAUCCAGGCGGCGAUCUACCUGGGUCUCAUCGCCGUCACCCGCCUGGCGCGACCCAGCCUGCUCAAGCUCUGCUACAGCCGGCGCUCGGAGCGCACGGUCCCGUUCCUGCACGCCCUGGUGAGGGCUGCCGCCGCGUGGUCGGUGCUGACUGCCUAUGUCCUCCCCUUCCUCCUGGUGCCACGGACGGCGCACCCGGUGGCCGGAUGGGCGCUGUACGCCCUCGGCGCGGCUUCGCUCUGCUCGGUGGUGGUCGCCGUAUUCCUCCUGCCGGCGCUAGCGUUGAUGACGCCGCUGGCGGGGGCGCUGGGCUCCCUGCUCGUGAUGGCGUCCCCCUGGUACGCCGACGGGGUGCAGAGGGCUUUGGCCUUGUUCGCGUACGCGUGUUGCUGCGCGCCCGCCGUGUGGGCGGCGGCGGCGAGCACGGCAAAGUCGUUGAAUGGGUCGUUGGAGAGGGAGUCGUUCUCCCCGAGCAGAACAGGGGAGUCCAUCCCCAUGACCCAGUCCAACGACAAGUUCUACUAAUAUCAUUUUCUCCUCGAUCUGUAACAUUCUUACCUAUAUUUGCUUAUCAUUCCUUGAGAGUUCCGAUGACCUUCUCAUCUCAA